AUGCGUGCAUAUGAUGUCUUAUUGAACCUGGACGAUUCGAGUAUUUUACGGCAAAUCCUAACUUAUCGCAGAGAAAUGCGCGAAUCUAUGCAAGUGAAGUUUGCAUUAAGCCUUUUUUCAUGUUUCAAAAAUGGAAAUUAUAUCAGAUUCUUUAAAUUGUUGAAAAGAAAUGCGAGUUAUCUGCAGUAUCCGAUUGCUAAACUUGUUGAUAUUCUCGGUUUUGAUAGCGUCAGUGAUGCCACUGAAUUUAUUGUAAACUACAAUAUGCCUGUUGAUACUGCUAGCGAAUCAGAUGAUAUAUACUUAUUGUUGUCUAAGUUUAAAUUUUGUUUGUCAGCUACACGUGUGCCAAAAAUGUCAUUGUGGAUUGAAGAGAAACGCUCAAACACGCCUAUAGCUCAAGUAAUUUUUCUUCAAUUUAAAAUUGUAUCAUAA